CCUGACAUAAAAACAUCUUCUACCACCACCAAGAAGGCAUCUGAUUACUGUUGAUGAGCGGAGAGCGAUGUGAAAACGAUGAAAGCUCUACACGGACGUUCGUGUGUCUGGCUGUGGGCUUUUGUUCUCCAGGGCUGCUUCCAGCUCAGCACUUCCUUGAUUUACUGGACUGCCUACGUUGAAGUCAGAUACUUUGACAGAGUCUCUAAUCAAACGGUGGGCAGUAUAUGCGAGUGCGGCGUGUUUGGAGUGGACUCACCCUUGAAUUCGGCUUCCGGGCUUCUUGUGCUUCCAGAUUCAGAUCCUCUGGCAUGCUCGAGGAACACUAGCUUCACCCCCAGACACCAGCCAUGGAUUGCCCUGAUAAAGAAAGGAAACUGCACAUAUUCACAGAAGAUACGAGCUGCCCAGCGACAAGGAGCCUCGGCGGUGGUGAUUUACAACCUAGACGGGACGGGCAAUGACACCAACCUCAUGGCCCAUUCAGAUGCCAAGAACAUAGUUGCCAUCAUGGUUGGUAAUGUUCUAGGCACUGAAAUGGCUGGCCUAGUGAAGAACGGCUCAGAUGUGUAUGUAGUGAUCACGGUGGCCAAUCCUCGGGGUCUGUGGUACAGCAGCACAUGGGCAUACGCGCUGUCCUUCACCUUCAUCGGCGUAACCAUCAUCACCAUGUUCUACUUCGCUUUCCUCUUCUUCAAACGAAUGUACAGAAACAAGCAGCUCCGGAUGCAGCAGAUGGAGAUGAAGAGAGAGAAUGAAAAGGCCAUAGCAAAGUUAGAAGUGAGGACUCUGCGGACGGGAGACCCGGAGGUGGACUCGGAGGACGUGAGCUGUGUGGUGUGCACCGACUCGUUCAAACACCACGAACAGGUCACUGUUUUGCCCUGCAGACAUCUCUAUCAUAAGAAGUGCAUCGAGCCGUGGCUGCUGGAGCACCCCACCUGCCCCAUGUGUAAGUUUCACAUCCUCAAAUACAAGAUUGAGGAGGAGAGCGAGGAGCCGCCUUCAUCAUCAUCUUCAUCGGCCGACACGUUCAGUCUGUCUGUGAUCAGGACAGAGCAGCUCCACACACACCCUCUCGGACGGCCAUCAGACGGCGAGGUUCAGACACAACACAUUUAUGAGAACCCUGCGUUUGAAGAAGGAGCAGAGACCAUCAGCCAGGAUUAACUCCACAAUACAGCAUCACCAGCGAAAAAAACAAUCAUAAUGAUGAUAUUGAAAUAAAAUAUGAGCAAACCUCAAUUCGGAUGUUCAAAAUGCAACAGACUAUUUAAUAAUAAUAAUAAUUGUAUGCUGUUUCAUUAAUGGAGAUGUCACAGCUUCACGAACGUGGAUAUCUGUCGUGAACUCAGAAAAGAUGGACUGCAAGGAUAUGAAUCUUGUUUAAUCUUGUUUAACUGACCUGAUGUUCAUGUCCAGUUACUGCAUGACCAGAAGUAGUUCCAGCAGGUCUGGACUGCAUUACACUUCAGUACUUCUUCAUAUUACUCAUCUGAGAUAUCAAAUCAUAAUCACCGCUCCAUCAAAAGAAAAAAAAGUUGUUUUGUUUGUUAAUAAUGCCUUUCAGCGAUGAAGAAAUAAUAAUAAUAAGAAACCUGAAGCAAUGCACAUUAUGUCCUGAUCAUUGAUGGUAACAUCUCUGGAAAUCACUAUUUCCUUUGUUUUUACACGGGAGGAAUAAUUCAUGCAUUCUGAGAUAUACACACUGUGGAAGAGAUGGAUUCUCAUACUGAAACAACGUUUCAAUAAAUGUUUUGUAUGUAUGAAUGAGUA